CAAUUUUUCUUCAGAGUUGGGCUAAUAGUCCCCUCCCCUUUUCUUAAGUUACAGAAAUAGUAAGUUGCUGUACUGAGAACACAUGCGUAUCGUUAGCCUUCUCUGUCUCUUGCUCACUGAAUUUUGUAACUCUACUUCACCUUACUGGGAAAUUUACUUUGCUGGUUCUUGCAUCCGAGGAGUCCUGCAGAAUUUGAAAAGCUUGCUCCAGUACCACCCAAGCAAAAGGAUCUGAGCCUUUCUGGGGACCUUUUAGCAAAAGUAAUAUAAAAGAAAAAAGAAAUUACUUUUUGAGAGCUAGAUGACUAAAAGUAACGGAGAAGAUCCACGAUCUGGAAGUAGGAUGGAGCGUUUUCAGCAAGGAGUCCGGAAACGUACAUUAAUGGCAAAAAAGAAAGUGCAGAGCAUAACAAAGGAUGAUGUUAAAAGCUACUUACUAAGGAAUGCCUUUGUGCUCCUAACCAUCAUUGCUGUCAUUGUUGGUAUAAUCCUUGGAUUUUGCCUCCGACCAUACAACAUGAGUUACCGGGAAGUCAAAUACUUUGCCUUUCCAGGAGAACUAUUGAUGAGAAUGCUGCAAAUGCUGGUCCUUCCCCUUAUCGUAUCCAGUUUAGUUACAGGAAUUGCUGCCCUGGAUAGUAAAGCAUCAGGGAAGAUGGGAAUCCGAGCUGUAGUCUACUACAUGAGUACAACGAUUAUUGCUGUAUUGAUUGGUAUUAUCAUUGUGGUCAUCGUCCACCCUGGGAAAGGUACAAAGGAAAAUAUGCACAGAGAAGGCAAAAUUAUGCAUGUGACAGCAGCAGAUGCCUUUCUUGAUUUAAUCAGAAACAUGUUCCCUCCAAACUUGGUAGAAGCCUGCUUCAAACAGUUCAAAACAAACUAUGGUAAGAGAGAAUUUAAAGUAGCAAUUCCACCCAAUGAAACCUCCACUAUGGCUUCUGUAAUCAGCAACGUCUCGGAGGCAAUGGAAACCCUAACUCGAAUAAAGGAGGAGAUUAUCCCUGUUCCAGGAUCUGUAAAUGGAGUGAAUGCACUGGGACUGGUGGUUUUUUCAAUAAGCUUUGGAUUGGUGAUUGGGAGCAUGAAGGAGCAAGGGCAGCCAUUAAAGGACUUCUUUGAUAGCCUUAAUGAAGCUAUCAUGAGAUUAGUAGCUCUAAUCAUGUGGUAUGCUCCGCUUGGGAUCCUCUUCUUGAUUGCUGGAAAAAUUGUUGAGAUGGAAGACAUGGGUGUAAUUGGUGGACAACUUGCCAUGUACACUGUAACAGUUAUCAUUGGUUUGCUCAUUCAUGCAAUUAUUGUUUUACCACUUCUCUACUUCCUGAUCACCCGUAAAAACCCUUGGGUAUUUAUUGGAGGAUUGCUUCAGGCACUGAUUACAGCUUUGGGAACAUCUUCAAGUUCUGCCACCCUACCUGUUACAUUUAAAUGCCUAGAAGAAAAUAAUGGAGUGGAUAAGCGUGUUACAAGAUUUGUACUCCCAGUGGGUGCUACAAUCAACAUGGAUGGCACAGCUUUGUAUGAGGCUUUGGCUGCAAUUUUCAUCGCACAAGUUAACAACUUUGAUCUGAACUUUGGGCAGAUUAUCACAAUCAGCAUCACAGCUACAGCUGCCAGUAUUGGGGCUGCAGGAAUUCCUCAGGCUGGACUGGUCACCAUGGUCAUUGUGUUGACAUCUGUAGGUUUGCCUACGGAUGAUAUCACUCUCAUCAUUGCAGUGGACUGGUUCUUGGACCGUCUUCGUACCACUACCAAUGUCUUGGGAGACUCCAUUGGUGCAGGAAUUGUUGAACAUUUGUCACGGCACGAACUGAAGAACAGAGAUGCUGAGAUGGGUAAUUCUGUGAUAGAAGAGAAUGAAAUGAAGAAACCAUAUCAACUCAUCUCACAGGAAAAUGAGAGUGAAAAACCAUUAGACAGUGAAACCAAGAUGUAGGAAAAAACAGGCAUCUAUCCAACACUAGAAUUGUGGGAAACAUACUUCUCCAACCAUUUAUACCUUGUUUUCACCAAGUCCAUUUAGUCCAUGUUUCUCCCCUUUAUGAUAGCACUGAAUAAGAAUUAAUCACAAACUUUCCAAAUUAGCAGUGACCAAGGUGUAUGUUGGCAUUCUACUUUAAAAAAUUAACAGGCUUCACACUGGUCCUGCAAGAAAUGUGUUAACUGAUGAAAAAUACAAAAAAAGUGUGUAUUAAAUCCUAAAAGUCCCCAUGUAUAUGUUACUGAGCUCCGGAAAUGUGACUUCUUUUUUUUUUUAAUAAGUUGGAAAGACAAAA